GAACGUCGCUUCAAAGAGGUACCUCCACUACGAUCCGAGUAGCACGACACGGGUCAAGCAAGAGUACCCGUCCUUUCCGAAGAGUGAGGCAGCUGCCAGCCUGCCGAGAGAUGGUGAUUGUCAAUCCCUACCUGAAGAAAAAGAAGCCUCUUUCGGGAGGCAGCGGCGCUAGUGGUUCGGGCCGUGCCCGUCCUCCGUCCAUUCCGCAUGUCCCAAACAAACACAAGGCCCACGCUGCCUCUUCCCGGGGGACUUCUCAGGCCCCGCCCCCUCGCGUGACGCCAAACGGAAAGAAGACUGUACCCGUAGCCGCUGCUAAUAGAACCAAAACGGAAACCAGCGCAAAUCCCAAAGCAUCCCCCUCGCCGCUGGCCUACAACAAGAAUGCCGCAAACAGGCCACGGGUGUCUCCUCAAACCAGCAGUACUAAKGUAGAACGGAAGAUCUCUGAUAGCAGCCGUGGGAGCAACAGUGCUGGAGGCAAUGGUGGCCGCUCUUCGCCUCCGCAAAGGAAGGCAGCUCCCUACAGAGCCGGAAGCAGCAGCAGGUCGUCGAAAACAAAACUGACGGUAAAGCAACGACUGAAGCAAGAAAUCGCUGCGCUCAAGAAGCAAAAACAGCUCCAAAAGCUACAGAAGGAGGCCGAGGAACGCCGGCGGCGUCGAUUGGCGGAACAGAAGGCAGAAGAAGAGCGCAAGACGGCACUCCUGGCCGAAAAGGAAAAAGUGAAGCAACAGAAACAAGCCGAGCGCGAGCGACUCGCUAGGCUCAAGGAAGAAGAACGGACUCGCAAGCAGCUAGAGCGGGAACGAAAGCAGCGCGAAAAGGAGCUGGAAAGAGAACGAAAACAGAAAGAGAAACUUAAAAAAGAGGAGGAAAAACGCCUCCGAUUGGAGCAAAAGAUGGAAGAACAAAAACAGAAGGCGGAAGCGAAAUAUCAGAGGGAUUUAUUGAUAUGGAAGAUUCAUCAGCAGCGCUGGAUGGAACAGCAGCAAAGAAUACAUUAUUUCCAACAGCAGCAGCUUCUGCAGCAACGCCAAACUCACCAUCCCUCUCACAAUCAAUACCAAUUCUUUCCCAAUCAACAGCGACAGCAGCUGUAUCAAUAUGAAGGUCAACAUCACCAGCAGAACCAGAACCAGCAUCAGUACAAAAUCGAAAAAUUUUCUGCAGGAAAAUCGCCUCUUUUUCCUCGAACCCCGACUCAGAGUCUCCCCAAAGGUGAAUCAGUGGAAGAUCCUAACCACAGAACCGUCGUCGAAACGAAACCAUGCGUUCCGGUCGAUACGAUCCCCGGACAAAAAGUAUCUUGUCAAAGUACACACUCCACUUCAUCGGAACCCAUAUCUCCCCUCGACUCACCCACUGCACUUGCCAUCGACUCCUUGCUUCGUUCGGAAUUGAUGUCACCGAAGCGGCUAGCUGCUUCUGAUGCAAGCAGAGGUGGUGAAACCUCGCCUCUCUCGGUGAAAUACACAGAGGCAGAUGCCAACAGAGACGACAAACGGGACGAACCUUGCUCCGAAGGUGUCGAUAUGAAUGCACUCUCUGUGUCAACGAAUUUAUCGAAGGCGCCGCAACCUGAGGAAUCCGUCUCUGCAGAAUGCCGCCAUGGAUCGGGCAUCAAUUCAAACAAGACUGGGGUCGACCCGACAACUGCUGGGGGCGUUGGCUCUCCUUCGCCAUCAAGCAUCCAAAACCAAGACGUAGAGCCGAAAAAUUCGAGCCUUGCACCAAUGGAGUCUGGAAUCGAUCAUUCCACGGCACUUCGUGAACAAAGAUCGACCGGCGUUGCUCCGAAUACGGUAUCUAGUUCAUCUGCCUCUCUGACUACCGGGGAUACUUUGUGCCAGUCUCCACUGGAAUCUUCUGCCAUUCAAUCGCCGCCGAUGACAUGGUCACAACAGAGUUGUCCUAUGCUGACUCCGCAAGGAAUUGCACAAAAGCCACCCAUUUAUCAUCAAAGUUCACUUGAUCGAAGUUCGAGCUAUGGUUCGCACUUUCCAUAUUCUGGAAUGCCAACACGGGAUCCUGCGCCCUUUUCCAACUGGAAAUCAAUGGUCGUCAACACUGCGUUUAGUAACGAGAAUUAUGGUCCGCUGGGAUCGUUUGCUUGGAUUCCGCCUCCUCCUCCACCACCCCAACGUCCAGUGCUCCAACAAACUAAAGCACGCUGUCGAACCACUUCGGUCACGCGGCGUCCGAAAACACCCAAGCCAAUCCAGGUACCGAUGCUCUGCAAACCUAUGGAGGCACCAUCUCCCUUUGCAAACCAAGGCCGACACCUCGUCACGAUACUUGUGGUUCGCGAUCCUCGAACCGAAAAAUCGUUUGGAGUCAACCUGAAAAUACAUACCGAAUCAGCUCUUGUGGACCGGGAAUGGAUCGACGCACAACAGAAAAGCAAAGCGCGAAAGCCGAAGCCUGAUGAAACAGGCUCUACGAUAAUCAAUACAAAGCCUGAAGUGAUGGGAGCGUCUGUACCAAAAAAAUCGCUAGAAGUUGUACCAAAAACGCACCAGCCGCCAUUGAUUCACACGUCGGGACAAUCAAAACAAUUGACAGGCAAAUUGCUGCCACCGAAAACUGACACAAUUUUAUCGUCGGCGGUCCAUGCAAAGAGGGAACCGAAAGCAAAUGGUGACGAUCAGGAUAAAACAUUUAUGGCCUCGAUGUGUCACAACGCUGAAAUCAAGACAGCAAUAGCGCGAAAUCACACUUUGAUCCGCGCCGAUAAGGAAAAGAAGGAACCUAUUCAAACAACCUGCUCCGUAACUCCAACGAAGAACGAAAUGCCUACCAAUCUGAAUAGCAAUGCCAACAUUGACUGUGGCAAAUCUGACAGCAAUGACAUCAGAGCAGUCAUAAAAAAUUGCGUUGAGUUUUUGGUGAGUUCCGUUGAAAGUAGCCAGAAGGAGGCCGACAAACAAACCGUCAGUAUGGACACUAGGAAUAUUGUACAGAAAAGAAAGAGACGCCGUAGAGUCAACUUCUCGGUCAUGAUGGUAACGGAUGCAGAAAAACAAAACUCCCGUAGACCCGAUGUAGACUCGAAGGAAAAGCUACGUUCGGGCGAUAUCGUUGUCACGAUUCAGGGACACAAACUUGAUGGAAUGUCGUUUAGGGAUGCGUGUGUAGUCUUUUCUAGAGAGGCCGAAAGUAUGAACGACUCUCUCAUACAAACGCGGGUCGUUGUGGCAAGAAAACCAGAAAUGACUGCUCCUGUCAAUACACUAAGUGCCGACACUUCCAAUUCAGUGACGCUUAAUCCUGUGGUCACGUCCUUGUCCAGUAGUACACCGUCCGCACCACUACCACCUCCAGAAAAUACAUCUAUGGUAUUUAGCCCCGAGGAACUAGCCACACUUUCCAAUUGCUUUUUGAAUAUCCUGAACAGCUCAAAACGAAUUCUUGGACAAGACAUCCAAGACAGUUCGUGGCAGCUGCAUUCCCUUAUUUUCCGGAUGGGUUCUGCACUGGAGGACACCGGGCUGACGCCGAGGGGAAUUACCACUCUAACGAAUAAAUGGGGGGAUCUGACGCGACUGAUAGACUAUGAGCUUGUAGAAAAAGGCAAGAAUCAUUGGACAAAGAAAUUUCGACAGGAAUUCGGAAACGAAAAAUUACCCUUUUCUUCGGACGUAGAACGAAAUGCUAUGCGACACCUGCCACGUCCAUUGAAAGGAUGCCGAUGCAAGAAAAAAGAUCACGAGUACGUCUCAGAUCCAAAAUGUAUUCUAUAUCGCGACCUCCAGCAACGUCUAUCAAAAGAAGAAUUGAAAGAGCUACGGCUGCACACGAAAAACAAGUUCAUCCCCAAGAAGUCGAAGGACCUGAAUGCAGUAGAAUCUGCGUUUAAGAAUAGGAUGCUGAAACUCAAAAACGCAACUGAGAAUGAGUCGAUUGAAGCCCGUUUUGUUGACAAAAUGGAAGAAAUCCAAGUAAAGGAGCUUCAUCAGGCGGUAUUUGCUCCUAAUCUCACCACUAUUGUGCUUUCGACGAUAUUCGAGCUACAGAGAGAGUUUCAUGUCUCUGUCGUAGAGGAAGACAAAGACGAAGACAUGAAUUAUAAUGCCAACGAAGAACAAGAAGACGACGUCCCCUUGGAGUGCUUGGGAAAGCGUGGAUCUGAUGUACAAAGCGCGGCCGAUACUAGAAAACAACAAAAAGUGGACGGAGGCGGCCCGAACUUUUGCAUGGAAUACCUGGUACGAAUGCUCAAUUAUGUGAGCAAAACCUGGGGACAUUGUUAUCGCGAACCAAACACGGACGAGUACGCUUGGAGGUGGGAGUUGUUUCAUGCUGUUCACUCCGACCACGAUCAGUGGGAGGCUCACGCAACGAACCCUAGGGUGCCGGAUUCUUUCCCGUUUGAGAAUGUUCGGUUCGGACUGAAUUCUUCCAAGUCGACUGACAAUAAAUUGUCGUCAUUUCCCAAAACCAUUCGACAAUUCGAAGACUCUAUAUUAUCGAACGCGCCAUUGGCUCUGGAUGUUCCCAACAAGACGUUGGAGCAGUUUUCUAUUGCUGUCCAUUUGUUGUCACCUGCUCGUUCUGGUUUAUACGAUGAAUUGAUUGCACUGUUGAAGAUGGGUAUCAUUCAGGUUUCAGCUUCGGGAAUUCCCAUCUUGACGGGAGAUUGGUGGACCAAGAUCGACAUCGUUGUUUUGGAUGACAUGCUAUGCUCUUGGUCCACAAAAGCCGACCCAGAUUCGAGAUACUGUGUCAACGAAGAACUUCGAGACACUCUGGAAGAACAAUGGGUCAAAUCCGACUAUGGUUGGGCGUUGCUAGAAAAUCCCAAGGAAUUAAUCUUUGACUUCACCGUGCUGGACGAGUGGCGAGAGACUUUUGAGGGUCGACUCGAAGAGAAAGCAAACCUUUCGGAGGGAAUUGGGCUCUUCGGACUCUAAUUCGAUCGCUUGCGAGUUAGUACCUACUUACCACCGCUAUACUUUAAGACUAGUCUUCAAUAUUUCAGAACAAAAAAUCAAUGAUACUCUAAUUG